GAGUCUUCUACUUCUUUUGAUCAAAAAAAUGGAAAUUUUUUUCACGAAAUCUAUCUAUUGGAGGGUGUUUGAUUUGUUUGCUUUCCUGAAGUCAAUCCUGUUGACAGCGAGAUCAAUAUUUUUCGCAUUUUCUUAUCCGAAAGCCGUCGAACUUAUUUACAAUAAAAGUCUAAUCCCGUUCAAACGAGAAUUAUUUGCAGACAUCAGCUCAAUUAUUCCAUUCAAGAAAAAUGGACCAAUUAGAAUUUUGGAGGUAGGAAUUGGACCGGGAUAUAACUUGGAAUUUUAUCCCAAAAAAUGUCAACUCAUUGGUCUGGACAAGAAUCCAUAUUUCGAAAACGUGCUGCUGGGAAACUUACAGAAGCACCCAGAAAUUACUUUAGAAAAGUUUGUCAAUGAACGUGCCGAGAAUAUGGCCUCGAUACCAUCAAAUAGUAUCGAUGUGGUCGUCACUUCCAAUGUACAUUGCAGUGUGGAUAACAGUCAAAGUGUUUUGAAAGAAAUUCGAAGAGUUCUGGUGCCCGGCGGUCGAUAUUACUUCCUCGAACAUUGCCUUGAUGAACCUGGAACUACUCGAUUCAAAUGGCAAAUGUUCGUUAAUAAAAUUCGACUCUGGCAGUUGACAUGGCACGGAUGCAUUUUCGAUGAGUUUGAACCGAAAAUUUCGAAAUUUGGUCGGUUCAAUUACAAAGGGAAACGUUACACAGCAGAACACCAGCCUUUCAUUUAUUAUGUAUUACUGAUAGGAUUAGCAGCUUAUCUAACGUCGUCUCAUUACGGUGGAUGUGCUAUAAAAGAAAAAUAAAUGGCUCGGCGGAAAGUGGUUUAUAUUAGGUUUGGUUCAGAGUAGAGUUUAAUUUGUGCCAACAGUUUUUACUUCAUUAAAGCAAA